UACCUGCCACUGUUUGUCUUCUCUUACAGGAAUGAAACUGUUUUACACCAGUUCUGUUGCCCAGCAGCUGAUGCAGAGCAGAAGCCUUCAUCUCUGGACUCCUCACCAAGUGACGAUUCCUGUGGUACCACCAGCAAGAAACCCGGGUGUGAAACGGAGGAUCCGAAGGAGGCCGGCAGACACAGUGGCCAGGAAGGCAGGUCCGACACCCUGACGCUAAAAGCCCAGCAUGCAGAGCGGCAGGAGGAGCAGGCAGCGGGGUGCUCCCCUCUGGUGCAGAAGCCCAGCCUCCACCACACGGGUUCCCCAGUGAGAGUGCAGCGCAGCAAAGGGACGGCCACGUGUUCCCAUGCAGCUGCCUCCGAUUAUGAGCUCUCUCUUGACCUAAAGAAUAAACAGAUCGAAAUGCUAGAGCACAAAUACGGAGGGCACCUGGUCUCUCGCAGGGCAGCCUGCACCAUCCAGACUGCCUUCCGCCAGUACCAACUCAGCAAAAACUUUGAGAAGAUCCGGAAUUCCCUGCUGGAAAGCCGCAUGCCCCGCCGAAUCUCACUGAGAAAAGUCCGGGUCCAGAACUCUGAAAGCUUCUCUGCUGAGAAAGCCCUGGUGGAAGGGUACAAUUUUGUAGGCAUUCCCUUGGUGAGAUCCCCUUCUUUGCCAGUCACCAUCAGCGGGGCGCUGACUGAACUGGAGGACUCUUUCACAGAGCAGGUUCAGUCCCUGGCUAAAUCUAUUGAUGACGCCCUCAGUACAUGGAGCCUGAAGACCAUGUGUUCCCUUCAAGAUGGCAGCUCUUACCAGAUCAGAGAGACCUUCAGCGCCAGUGCAAUGCAGCCGAACCAGGACUUGGAAGUUGAACUGAAGGAGCAAGAGAAGGAAGAAGGACUGCUGCCAGAUACUUUGCCCAAGAGCAGCAGCACCCUCAUGAUGGCCUUCCGGGACGUCACGGUCCAGAUUGACAACAAGAAUAUCUCGGUCUCAUCGUCUACCUCGGUCUCCAUGGCGAACUGUCUCAGCAGCAGUGCCCAGGCCGGGCUCUCCCAAGCUGCCAGAAUUGAAGAAGUCCCAGAGGAUGGGGGAAAGGAAGACAAAAAGGCCCAGGCUACCCUGGAAGGGCUGCCGGACUCCAGGGUCCUCCAGAACACUCACACUUUUACUGAGGUGAAUGUUAACACCAACGGUUUGGGGGGAGGGGUGAUGGAGCAAGGACAAAUGGUGGUGCAGAAACUCCAGUUUGACUCGAACAAUGAGACUGGGCAGAGCAAGGGCUCUGAGUCUGAAAAUGCAGACAACUCAGAGCAGCUGAGCAGCAGCAGCACGUCCACGUCAGCCAAGUCAGCAUCCGAGGUGUCUUCUAAGGAAGCGCUGCAGGCCAUGAUUCUGAGCCUCCCACGGUACCACUGCGAGAAUCCAGCCAGCUGCAAAUCUCCCACGCUUUCCACAGACACCAUGAGGAAGCGGCUCUACCGCAUUGGGCUGAACCUCUUUAACAUAAACCCACAUGAUCUCAGAGAUGCGCCUGCCCACAAAGACAUGUGCAGAAUCGAACAACACACAUGCAGACGCUUGCAGAAUCACAAGCACUUGCAGAGUCCCACGUGUGCAACUCGCAGAGAAUUCUCUGAGCAGACAGACAGACACAGACACGCUGACGCAAGACACAGAGCUGCUCCGAGAAACCCAGACAAAGGGAUCCAGUUCCUGAUCUCCCGGGGCUUCAUCCCAGACACACCCAUCGGGGUGGCACAUUUCCUGCUCCAGCGCAAGGGCCUCAGCCGCCAGAUGAUCGGGGAGUUCCUGGGCAAUAGCAAGAAGCAGUUCAACAGGGACGUCCUGGACUGUGUGGUGGACGAGAUGGAUUUCUCAGGCAUGGAGCUGGAUGAAGCUUUGAGGAAAUUCCAAGCCCACAUCCGUGUGCAGGGAGAGGCCCAGAAGGUGGAACGGCUAAUCGAGGCCUUCAGCCAGCGGUACUGUAUGUGUAACCCGGAGGUGGUCCAGCAGUUCCAUAACCCGGACACCAUUUUCAUCCUGGCCUUCGCAAUCAUCCUCCUCAACACAGACAUGUACAGCCCUAACAUCAAACCCGACAGGAAGAUGAUGCUGGAGGACUUCAUCCGGAACCUAAGAGGGGUGGAUGAUGGAGCUGACAUUCCCCGGGACCUGGUGGUGGGGAUCUAUGAGAGGAUCCAACAGAAAGAGCUCAAAUCCAAUGAGGAUCAUGUAACUUACGUCACAAAGGUGGAGAAAUCCAUAGUAGGGAUGAAAACAGUUCUGUCUGUGCCCCAUCGCCGGCUGGUCUGCUGCAGCCGCCUUUACGAGGUGACGGACGUGAACAAAGUGCAGAAGCAGGCCACUCACCAGAGGGAAGUGUUCCUCUUCAACGACCUGCUAGUGAUCCUGAAACUUUGCCCCAAGAAGAAGAGCUCCUCGACCUACACAUUUUGCAAGUCGGUUGGCCUGUUGGGGAUGCAGUUCCAUCUCUUUGAGAACGAAUAUUACCCCCACGGCAUCACCCUGGUGACUCCAGUGUCAGGCUCAGACAAGAAACAGGUACUGCACUUCUGUGCUCUGGGUGCAGAGGAAAUGCAGAAAUUUGUGGAAGAUCUAAAAGAGUCAAUAGCAGAGGUGAUGGAGCUAGAACAGAUACGGAUUGAAUGGGAGUUGGAGAAGCAGCAAGGGGCAAAGACUCUUACAUUAAAGACCAACGGGGCUCAGAUGGAACCACAGUCCAAGCAAGCAUCGCCGACAGGCAAGAAGGAGUUGGGGGAGAAGGCCUCAGAUAGCACAGUGGAGGUGUCAAUUCACAACAGGCUUCAAACGUACCAGCACAACUCCGUCCUGGGGCCCGAGAGUGGAACGCAGGCCAGCACGCGUCCUAACAUGCCACGGGAGAGGCUGGAGACAGCAUUGGUACCCUCCUAUCCCGCCUCGGCAGGGACACUUGUACAGUGCCAGCAGAUUGUCAAAGUCAUUGUCUUGGACAAGCCGUGUCUCGCUCGUAUGGAGCCGGCCCUCAACCAGACUCUGACCCGCUACGUCUCCUCCGAUUCCUGCAGCUCCACCCCUUUGCGCAGUGCAGGCGGCGGGACCCCAGUGAAAAUCAUCCAUCAGCCCCCACUUCCUCCUCCACCACCACCCUACAACCACCCCCAUCAGUACUGCCCCCCCAGCUCCCUGCUUCAGAGGCGUAGGUACUCCAGUGGCUCCCGCAGCCUAGUGUAGCCACACCACCAGCACCACCAAACAGCACAGAUUUCCCCCACCACCCUUUCUGCCUACAAAGAGAUCUAGUUUGGGAUUUAUUUUUUAGUAAAAGAGAAGAAAAAACAAACCUGAACAGACCUAAUUGCUCCCCAGCUUCCCUGAGAUGAUGCUAAUUGUGAAGAGCCCUUUAUAGAAUCUGCCCACCCUGGAGCUCACGCUUCCACAUGCGCCUCCUGCCCAGCCGCGCUCUCCUACUCAUGCCUCCCCCAUGGACCCCACCAGAGCGUUUUGCCACCCUGUUCCCAGCGAGCUCAAUGGGUCUGUGCUUUGUUUGCUCUGUCUCUUCAGUUUGCUGUUUCUGCCCCUCUUUCUCCUUCCCACUCUUCCUGCCCCUCGCCUGUCCCCUGCCACAGAUGUUAUCACCUGAAACUUCACUGGGCGCUGACGGAAACAGGCUCGCCAUUCACAGCAUCCAGUUUGCCUAGAUCAUGGGUGGAGAGGGGGAAGCGCUGCUGUCACCACUGCUGCCUGCUAAGCCAGAGCUGAGAACUUGUGAGACUCAUCACAUGCUUCCGCCACACCAGCUUUUGGUAUCUUCUCCUCUCAUGGCAGCCGAGUCCAAGAGAGCGCAAGCAGGAAGAGGGAGCGUGUCCCAAGCUGUGGUAGAACCCAACGAUGACCUCACUUUGAACACCACAACUCUGGCUAUUGUUUAAUUGGGACACGCUAUACCAAGAAAGCUUUGCUGAGACCCAACAGAGCUCAUCACAUGUAAAUAUACCUAGGGGUAAAGCAUGUGCGGCGCAUGCUUAGGGAAGGAAACACCAAUCUGUUCUGGAGCAGCAGAAGGGUGAGAUUUAGAACCCCCCUCCCCCAAAAAAAACUACACACACACAAAAAAAAUCUUCCUGGGCUGCUUUCUCAAAGAGCUAGUGCUGUCUGGCUCCCUGACACACACACGUGUGUGGACACACACACACAAACACACAAAUAUCUUUUCUGGCACAAAAGAAUAUGUUCCUACACCUGAUGAACUCCCCCUCCUCAACCAUGCCCAUGUCCUCUUCCAGAUGAUUUUCUGUUUCCUACUCACUAGAAUUUGUACUCUUGAGUAAAAAGCCAAAUAUUAAGUUCACCUCGGGGGAUGGGAAAUCCUCUCACUUAGUCUUUUUCAUUCAGUGUUGCCCACAGGGGGCUGACGGCCUCCGGGAACCAUGACUGGAUACUCUGUUGCCCCAGAGUAUGUUUAUCCCUGUUGGGAAUUUGGUCCCAUCCUCACUCUCCCAUUCCUUGCACAUGCCGCCACUGGGCCCCCAGCCCUUCUCCUCCAAGCCAACUUUUAGCAUGACUGGAGGAGAUGCCAGCUCAGCUCCUCUUGCUUAUCAGCAACACCGAUGAGCAGAAAGCCAGCAUUAAUAUAGGCUAUGGUUGUAUUUUUAGCAAAAAAAUCUGCCUGCAGUGGGGAGGAGCAGGUAUUAAUUAGCUUAAAGGCUUUGGUGUCUCACUCUAUCUCCCUGUGAGGCUUAAGCAGAGCGACUUUAGAAUUUGAAAAUAGGGCAGAACAAGUUUUAGGUCCUUAUUUUAGAUUUUUUUUAAAAAGCAUGAGAUGAUUUUUCCUCUCCAUGUGCGGCUGAGACACGAGAGCCGGGUGUUGGCUGGUGACACAGCAGUUUUACUAUUGGGCACCUGGAGGUGGGGGAUUAUAGUGGAGGAUGCUUAAUUCAUUGGGCAAGGUAAUGCCAGUUAGCGACAGGAGGGCUUUUACCUCAGUGGGCCUUAUCCCCUUGACUUCAGUGAGGCUACCUGUAGAAGCAAAAGCUGUGCUCCAUCUGAUCCUGCCUGUCAGGCUGUCUUUCCUGUCUGGGCUCUUCUAGGACACAGCUUGAAGGGCUUGUGAUUAGCCAGUGUGUGAAUGAGAUGCUGAUAAAACAGUUCCCGAAUCAUGGUCAUGAAGACCACACACUAGCUAGUGUCAGCCUGACUCCCAGGCAGGGUUGCGGGGGAGACACGCUGUAUUUGGCUGGGGCACCCAAGGCAGUGCCUAGAUUUGGCAAAAUGCCUGGAAAUAAUCCCAGCAGUACAUGAUGCUCUGCCCCCUCUCCCUAUUUGGAACACACAUGCCCCCCCUCAGUGACUGCCUGGUGUACACACACGCAGCUGCUGAUUUCUUGGCUUCGCUUUUCUAUCCGAAGCAGGACAGAAUGCCUCAGCUUUUAUACUUCAUGCCAAAUACACAUUAAAGCGACCCCGCAGGCAACACACAGAAGAUACUUACAAUGAGCUGUUCCAGGGUGGGGGCGAGACAGAGGCCUGGAAGCUGGGAAGGGCUCAGGAUUUGGAAGCUUUCACCCCUGAAAAACUGCCCCCAUUACUCUUAGGGGGACCAGGUAGAAGGGCUGCUCCUGUGCAGUGUGAACUCUCCCUGCAGCCAAUAAGAGUUGAGGGUGUUCCGGGCCUUAUGGGGCAUCAGACCCAUAGACAGGCCCCCUCCCUCAAAUUCAGCACCUAGCAACAACUUGUGUUCUGUUACCCGGCCUGACUUUCAGCUACUCUUCCUCCCCCAGUGAGCCCUGAAAUGCAGACUGGCUCCCAUGCCAGCUGGCUUUGCAGUGAGGAUUGGAUGAGACCAUCCAAGGUCACUCAAGGCAGGCUCUCAUUUGACCAGGCUGUAGCUUACAGGAACAUCCUACAGGUGGAAUUUGCCAUCACACUGCCAGCUAGCAGAUGAUGGCAUUUUAUGUUUCCUCGCUGCUGGUGUGGAGAUGAUAGUGUCUUAGCACCUUUGCAUUUCUGUUCUUCUCCUGGCUUAUUCCCUCAGCCUUGAAGGAACGCUGAUUUUAACCACAAUUCAUUAAGCCAGUGAAGAUUUGUGUGUGUGUGUGUGUGUGUGU